AUGACACCGGUAAACACACUUGAUGACGAUAAGAUGAAUAAUACUCACAAAUCUAGUAUAACAUGUUUGGCUUGCGGAAAAAAAGUAAACUUGCAAACAGUCAAGAAAGAAAACAAUAAUAAUGGAAGACCAUUUUAUUCUUGCUAUGAUUGUCAUAACUUUUUCAUUUGGGCAGACGAUCAAGAUGAAAUGGCAAAGUAUCAUACAACGAUUACAAGUAAACCCGUAAUAAUGACUGCAAGACAAAUUCACAACUCAAACCUACCAAGCGCAAAGACUUUACCUGUAGAAGGUCAACAACGGCAAAAUAACGGCAAUUUUCAUAUCAAUAAUAAACCCAAUGAGGUACCAAACGCAAGUUCUCAAACAACGUUUAGCGUCCCAGCCAGAGCGCCUCAAGCUUCAACGAUAAAGACAAAUUAUACAUACACUAAUCAAAAGACGGAAAAUAUUUCUUCACGCAAUACCAACAAUAAUGGGACGUCUCAAACAUCAAAAUUUUCGAUGCAUUUGGCAAAUUUUGCGUAUAGUGGUCCAUCACAAGCUAAACUAUCACAAUCAUUACCAAAACCAAAUGAGUUAAAAGGCAAUUCUAAUGCUGGUCCAUCGCAAGCAUCACAAGCAGUAGCAGCACCACCACCACCUACUCCGCAGGCUAAGCCAAUAGAGAUAAAAUUUGUUUUAUACGGUAAAGAUUAUCUCAUCGUGUGUGGGUACCAAGAGAGAUUAUUAGAAUUCUGGCGCCGAUUGAAAUAUGCCACCUUCGUACGAGAAGAUAAAGGCUGGCGAAUACCAUUUUGUCAAUACGAAGAUUGCGCAAAAGAACUCAAAAAAUUAAACUUCCCCGUAGUCUUUAACACUUUUCCGCCCCACAUUCUAAAGCUUUUUGCUGCCGAUUCGAAUAAAUCCAAAGUGCCAAAGACACAAAUAGAAGCUGACAUCACAUCAAAAAUUUCACCACAGCUUUGGCAAAUAUUAAUGCCUUUUCAAAAGGAAGGUGUGAUUGAGGCAUUAACAAAGGGAGGCAGAGUUUUGAUUGGUGAUGAAAUGGGUCUAGGAAAAACAAUUCAAGCAUUAACCAUUUGUUCAUAUUACCGCGAAUGGCCUGUACUGGUAAUAUGCCCGUCUAGUCUAAGAUUAACCUGGUCGAAUGAAAUACAACGGUGGCUUCAAAUUCCGGAAGAAGAAAUCCAAGUCAUCUUUCGUGGAGCUGAUAAACUACAAAGUCCUAUGGCUAAAUUUGCGAUUGUUAGCUAUGAUCUUUGUAGAACUAUGGCUGGUACCUUUAAUGAUCAAUUCAAAGUUGUUAUUGCUGAUGAGGCACAUUAUUUGAAAAAUCGAUCGGCUAAAAGAUCUCAAGUUUGCUUAAAGAUGAUUCACGAAACCCGUAGAGCAAUUCUCUUGACUGGUACUCCGGCUCUGUCAAGGCCUGAAGAGCUCUACGGUCUUAUUGAGGCAUUAAACAAUAAACUAUUUCCAAGCUUUAAUCAAUUUGCCAAUCGAAGCUUGAAUUUAGAAGAACUUCAUUGGUUACUAGCAAAAACCAUUCUAAUACGACGAUUGAAAAAAGACGUGAAGUUGCAAUUACCCGCGAAAACUCGGGCGAUUAUAAAAAUAAAAAUUGACAAAACUUCAAUGAAGCCAAUUGAAGAGCUAAAAGCUAAGAAAGCAAAGCUUGAUGAAAAUGAAGAACAGGAAAGCACCUAUAAAAUAAAGAGAGAGAAACAAAUGAUUUUGGGCGCGAUGUGGGAACAAACAGCAAAGAUAAAAUUGCCCGGGAUAAUAGAAUACGUAAGCGAUCUGUACGAAUCUACCGAAAAGAAAUUCCUUGUAUUUGCACAUCACCAUAUUGUUCUCAAUGGAUUUUCAAAAGACUUGGAUCAUAAAUCAAUAAAAUAUAUACGAAUUGAUGGAUCCGUACCGUCUGCUAAACGACAAGCUUUGGUCGACCAAUUCCAAAACGAUAGCAGUACUCGAAUCGCGCUUCUUAGUAUCACUGCUGCCAAUACUGGAUUGACUCUGACGGCGGCUGAUCUCGUGGUUUUUGCAGAGCUUUAUUGGAAUCCUGCUGCGCUCUUACAAGCAGAAGAUCGAGCUCACCGUAUAGGUCGAGACGAAAAAGUUGAUAUCAAGUAUAUUUUGGCAGGUGGCACUGCCGAUGACAUUGUCUGGCCUCUUGUAAGGAAAAAACUCCAAAUCGUCGGUCUGAUGUUGGACAAUUCCACCGACAAAAUCAACAUUAACGAGGGCACAACAUUCGGGCGCGAAAAUCAAUCUGAUUUACUGGAAUGUAUUAAAAAAGCAGCUAACAAAAAUAAAACUGAACCUGUAGUGGUUACACGCACGCUACGGUCUUCGGUAAAACGGAAAAACGAAGAAUCACAAGAGCCACCGGUUUUCGAAGACGCGCUAGCAUCCAUAAGUGACGUAAAAGAAUCGGUUCAACAACAAUCUGUUUUUUCGUCUGCCAAUAAUAAUAACCCAAGCGCAAAAGCAAAAGGCCGACGCGGCGGUCGAAAUAAAAAACUUAAAGUUACACAUCAAGAAGAAAUAGGUGGACAAGUAGAAAACAGUACACAUAUCCAAGUUGAAAUAGAUAAUACUUCGCGAGAAGAGGACGAUAUAUUAUUAGUUGAAAAGCCAAAAAUGAAUGGUCAAAGAGGAGAUAUGCUGAACGAGGAGAUCAAUGAGGAACAAAUGAAUGAUGCACAAAGCAAAGAUAAUGAUGGUAAUAAAAAUGCAAAAAAUCAUUCAAAAGUUAAUGGUCGCCGAGUCCGUAGUAGGAGGGUCAUAAUUGGGACCAGUAAAAUAAAGCUCAACGUGGACAUUAAUAAUAACAAAAGAAAAAAUGCUAUUCAAACUAACGAUGAUGAUGAUAUUUUCCUUGCACAUCCUCCUCCUCGCGAAGUUUCAAAUCAAACUAAAGUACCCCAUAAUAAUUAUAGUAAUAAUAGCUUUACACAUUCAGCUAGUGUUUCCUCCGAAUCACAUUCUGAUCUGAUGGAAACUGACGC